AGAUGAACCACCACCUGAGAGGAAACGAAGCAACAUGGACGAGGGAAGGCCAUUGUCAAAUUCAGACAAAGAGAAGGCACUAAUCCAGAGAGAUAUUGAUAUCCUGAACCACGUGCUAAAUGAUAUUGAAGAGUUUUCUGGGAAACUACAGCAAGAUAUUGGCACCACAAAUUCAAAAAAAAGCAAGAAGAAAAAAGAAAAAAAGAAGAGUAAAAAGAAAGAUGGUGACAGUGGAAUUCCAGACUCAGCAUUUAUAGACAUCUUUCAGAAGAUAAAAUAUGGAAUUAAUCUACUGGCUAGGCUUGAUUCAAAUAUCCAGAAUCCAAGCCCUGAAGAAUUGGUUCAUGUCUUCUUUUCCACUAUUCCCUUUAUCAUCCAGCAUUGUCCAUCACAAGACCUGGCAAUGGGUAUUGUUAGUCCUCUGUUAACAAAAUCUGGUCUUCAACUGCUGUCUUCCUCCCUAACAAAAGAAGAGGUCAACAUCUGGACGUCACUGGGAAGAGCUUGGAGCACACCAAGAUCAGAAUGGCCUAAUCCAGAAUCAGUACCACCAUAUGUUCCAGUGUUUUAUGAUGGAUGGGAACCGCCAGUGAUAUCCCCACCCACUGAACGAAAGAUGAAAGAUGACCAGAUGUCGCAGAGAUCCCAAAGCUUACACUCAGACCGAAUGUCAGACCGAAUGAAGAUGGUUCAGGCGAUGUAUGAUUUCAAUGCCAGGAACCCGAGAGAGCUGACUGUACAAAAGGGUGAUGUCCUGGAGGUACUGGAUGAAAAUAAACAGUGGUGGAUGGUAAGGAACAAUCGUGGUGAUCAGGGGCAUGUACCAAGCAACAUUCUAGAACCUCUAGAUGGGAAUAACGGUGAAAUCAGAGUACAGAAUCCACUUUAUUCACGGAAUAAAUCUUCUAUGCCAGAAUUGACAGAGCGAUCCUCAACUACUGAUGUGACAAACUGGCUAAAACAAAACAGAUUCUCUGCAAUCACAGUAAGAUGUCUGAGUGUACUUAAUGGUGAGCAGCUCUUACAGCUUUCCCGGCAAGAGAUUCUAAGUGUCUGCCCUGAAGAAGGAAAUGAGGUGUAUGCUAUGCUUAAAGACAUGAGGCUCCCUGCUGAGACUGGAAGUAACAGUCCCAGCAGCUACCAUCCUUCUCAGCCAUAUUUCAAUUACUAAUGUGGGAUUUUGAAGAGCUUCAAAGACACCAACAACUCUGUCUACAAAGUCUGUAUUAGAGAGAGAAACUCAAAUCCAAGGAUCUGUUUUUGUCCAUUAAAUAUGGCUUUUUAUG